AUGCCGGCUCCAGCCUAUAUCAUCUCAAGGGUAGCGGAUCCCAUCUUUGCUGUCUUCAUUGGGGUAUCGGCUGCUGUGACCCGAAUCAAUCGCGAGGAAAAGGCCAAGGGGAAAACGACGAAUGAGACUAUUCAAGCCGCCCUACGACGGGUUGGGCUCGCUACAGAGAAAUCUACAUCAUAA